GAGUGACGGGAGGUGGUGUACGGGUUUCCGCUAUCUGUAAAUGUAAUUUUUACUAAUUUACAAUUACAAGUGUCCGUGAUAAUCUUUGUGAAUGAUUAGUGUAAUUAAUUACUUUUUUAACUAUGUAUUACUAAGUUUAUCUGUGGUCCUAACUGGGUUCUAAGGCUCUUAAUAUGUAAAUCAUCAGCAUGUGUCACCAUUCAUCAACAAAUUUAUAGUGAAACAGUGGACAGUCGUCAUGUGAGGGACGUUAUGACUAUUACUUAAAAAUCAAUCAAAGUUACUUGGUGUUUGUUUUGUGGACAAGUGCUAUUUAUUAUUGGCCCGGUGGAGGUGAUAAAUUCAGUCUCAAAAUGGCGGAUCUCGAGGCUGUGCUGGCAGAUGUCAGCUAUUUGAUGGCUAUGGAGAAGUCGAAAUGUACACCAGCAGCGAGGGCUAGCAAAAAAAUUAUUUUGCCAGAUCCAAGUGUUCGGAGUGUAAUGCAUAAGUAUAUGGAGAAAAAGAAUGAAGUUAACUUUGACAAAAUAUUUAAUCAAGUAUUAGGUUAUUUAUUAUUUAAGGAAUUUUGUGAACAAACGUCAGAAGAACCAGUGCCACAAUUAAAAUUUUAUGAAGAGAUAAAGUUAUAUGAAAAACAAGAAUGCCUAGAUGAGAGGCGGCGGAUCGCAAGAGACAUUUAUGACAAUUUUAUUAUGAAAGAACUGUUAGCACAUUCACAUGAUUAUUCAAAGGAGUGUGUAGCGCAUGUACAAAAAUAUUUAAUGAAGCAUGAGGUGCCACCGAAUCUAUUUGAACCAUAUAUUGAAGAAAUAUUCCAGCAUCUUCGAGGAGAACCAUUUAAAAAUUUCUUAGAAAGUGAUAAAUACACAAGGUUUUGUCAAUGGAAAAACUUAGAAUUAAAUACACAACUAACAAUGAACGAUUUUAGUGUUCAUCGAAUUAUCGGGCGAGGUGGUUUCGGCGAGGUAUAUGGGUGUCGGAAGGCAGACACGGGCAAAAUGUACGCGAUGAAGUGCCUCGACAAGAAGCGCAUCAAGAUGAAGCAGGGCGAGACACUCGCACUCAACGAGCGGAUUAUGCUCUCUCUAGUCAGUACCGGGGUGGACUGUCCAUUCAUCGUUUGCAUGACAUACGCAUUCCACACACCCGACAAGCUUUGCUUUAUUUUGGAUCUCAUGAAUGGAGGCGACCUACACUACCAUCUCUCUCAGCAUGGCGUGUUCAACGAGGCUGAAAUGAAGUUUUAUGCUGCGGAAGUUAUAUUAGGUUUGGAACACAUGCACAAACGUCAUAUAGUUUAUAGAGAUUUGAAACCAGCGAAUAUUUUGCUCGAUGAGCACGGUCACGUUCGAAUAUCGGAUCUCGGGCUCGCCUGCGACUUCUCAAAGAAGAAACCGCAUGCAAGCGUUGGCACUCAUGGUUACAUGGCGCCGGAGGUUCUCUCCAAGGGCACCGGCUACGACUCCUCCGCGGACUGGUUCAGUUUCGGCUGCAUGCUGUACAAACUGUUGAAGGGUCACUCGCCGUUCCGCCAACACAAAACCAAGGACAAACACGAGAUCGAUCGGAUGACACUAACUAUGAACGUGGAACUGCCGGAGUCAUUCAGUCCCAGCUUGAAGAGUUUGCUUGAGGGUCUGCUACAGAGAGACAUCAACAAGCGUUUGGGAUGCAAGGGGCGGGGGGCUGAUGAAGUGAAGGAGCAUGUGUUCUUCGCGGGAAUAGACUGGCAACAAGUUUAUCACCAGAAAUAUACGCCGCCGUUGAUACCACCUCGUGGUGAGGUGAACGCAGCUGAUGCUUUCGACAUUGGGAGCUUUGAUGAGGAAGACACUAAGGGUAUCAAGUUAACUGAAUCAGAUCAGAUGCAGUACAAAGACUUUCCACUGGUGAUAUCCGAACGCUGGCAGUCGGAGGUGGCAGAGACUGUAUUCGACACCAUCAAUCAGGAGGCCGACAAAAUGGAACAGAAGAAAAAAGCCAAGCAGAAGCAGAAGUUCGACGCAGAUGAGAAAGAAUCGGAUUGCAUUUUGCACGGUUACAUAAAGAAGCUUGGAGGGCCAUUCGCGAGCGCGUGGCAGACGCGUUAUGCGAAGUUAUACCCGAACCGACUUGAACUCCACCUAGAGAAUAGCGCCAAGCCUGAGAUGAUCCUUUUGGAUACCGUCGAAGAAGUCUCUUCCGACUUCGUCUCCAUUAAAAGCGAGCAAUGUAUAGUGCUAAAGACGAGGAACGACACCAAAGUCGUGCUUACAAAUACGGAUGAAAUUGGACUAAAGGAGUGGGCAAUAUCACUGAGGUCAGCGCACAAGUGCUCGCAAGAGCUGCUCGCAUCAAUGGCGAAGAAGGCGGGCAAGAUCUAUGGCACGGAUGGCGCUAAGGAAUCACUGGCGCUAGGGCGACCGCCACCACCAGCCGCCUCGCCGGCGUUAGCGCGGGCGCCCAACGGGAACAACUAGCACGAGCUCCCCGCGCCCAAUAAGGGCGCGAAGAUGUUCCGCCGCUCCAAGAGUGCUGCGCAACUCAUCAAGUGAGUUGCUGAGCCUCCGCUUCGCCCCGCUCGGCGUGGACAUGGACUAGUUAUUUGUCGCGUGUGUUAUACGCAAGCGCACGCGCGUUUGCGUGCACGUGUACGUAUCGCGGUCUACCUUAGCGCCGCUAAAGACUAUAGUGACUCUUAGGACUGCCAAUUAUUACUAAAUGAAUGCUGUUCGCAUUUUAUUGUUGUACGAAUUAAUGUGAUAGGACCGAUCAAAUUUAAUGAAAAUGUAUAAAUAUAUUUCGUUGACCUACAGUGAUUUCUCGAAUGUGGAUAAUAAUAAAACUUUUGUAAUCAUUUGCACCGAUUGGAUUUUGUAAUUAUUAAUGUAACGUUCUAGAUGUUGUAUUUAACUUUGUAGUAGAUAUUGUAAAAAUUUAAUAACUUAUAAAUCGAGUAGAUAAGUAUAGUGAUUAUAUGUGUUUGUGCAAUAGAUCAAAAAAAUAUGAUAAAAUAAAAAAAUGUUGCUAUUGCUCUCGAAACGGUUCAAAUACUUAAAACAUCGUGACGAUUUUGACAAAAAUUGAAUUGUUCGUUGUGCGUAUAUUUAUAGAAGCUUCGACUUAAUCGAUUUAAAUCGUAAUUAGAAAUCCUAGCACUUUGGUUACACGUCUGACUAUUGCACGUAAUACUAUUAUUAUAUUAUCGACAUUGUGUUGUCUCCGGUUGCUCCCUUGACAAUUAUAUUACAAUGUACAGUAAAAAUAGUUCCUUAACUGAAUUUAUGGAACAAAUGACUACAUAAUAUUAGUAAAAAGUACUUAAAUGUUUAGUUACUCUGUUUUUAUGUUCCGAACUAGCUAUUUGCAAUAAAUAAUAAUAUUUAUACUAUAUUAUUUUAUAUGUAUAAAAGAUAGGAAACAGUAUAAGUAGAUCUAAUAAAAAAAAAUCUCUUUGGUAUUAUAAUAUUUAGAGGCAAUACUUUUCUAACAACAUUUAGGUGUGGUGAUUAAUAUAACAAUAGUUGUAAAGGCAAUAUUUAGAAAAUUUUGAAGCAUGUUCAAUGUCCAUAUAUUUAUGUGGGGUUUUAUUUUUUAUAUUCCAAUAGAGGUUUAUUGUGUCGGGUAGUCGUAUUUUACGUCACAGUAAUACAUUUAACAUUCGUUACGUUGCAGUUAUGUAUAUUUAAACUUAUACACUAUAGUCUUGAUUCUUCCAAAUCUCAAUUCCGUGCGGUAUGUGUAAAUUGUAUAAAGGCAAGUAGAUAUGGUAAUGAUUAUUUGUGUGUACGUGGAGUUAAUGUGUGUUUAAGAAUGUAUGUAAUAAUAUAGUUAGUGUCAGAGGUCUAACUAUGGAAUAAUUCUAUUAACAAUUCUCAUCUGUAACAGACUAAAAAAGUGCUAUUUUGUAUGAUCCAUUUGAGAGUAGCAGAUACGAGCCAGAUUUUACAUUUUGCAAUUGCAACUGUUAAAUGGUUCAUACAUAACUGCAAAAUUGUAUAUUUUAAUCAUUUACAAAUGAGAAUUGCUAAUGGAAUUGAUACAUAGUUAUACUGAAAUUAUCGUUUAGACCUAGAACGAAUGGGGUUUAGAUGUCAUGUGUGCUCUUUAUAUUGAGAUACAUGUUAUUUUUUUCCUUUUCAAAACUAAUUAUUAUGAUUAACUUAAAUGUUAUCGGUUUAUAUCAAUAUUUAAUGAUAUAUCAAUUUCUUACUUGACUUCAUUUUAUUUAGUAAAUAAUUGUGCCAUGUUUUUUGGCAAUGUAAUGUAUCAUUUUAUUUACCAUUAUUUCGUAAAAUACAUGCUACAAUUAUUUACUAACAAGUGAGCAAAAAGAAUACGUCGUUAAGUGUACCGAUAUGCAGAAUUGAGAAGUGGAAAUUCUAUGCUUGUGGACACAAUGUGAUAGUGCGAAACCUAAAUUGUCCAGAAUUGUGAAGUGGAAGAAUACAGAUCGACCCAUAGUGGCCUCGGCAGAAUGACAUUUUGUAUGUUGUGUAUGUUUUAUAUGUGAAACAAUGCAAUCUACUUUCGAUUGCUAUAAUUGUUUGAGUCUGAUGCAGAUUUAGUUUUUAUAUUUUCUCUGUAAAUGUUCCAUGUGUUGCCAUAAUAUUAGAUUGACUUUAUAAUAACACAUUGAAUUUAUUGUUUGUUUUUAGCGCACGACACAACGCGCGGCGCUACUGCUGACCAUUUUAUUACUAAGCAAUAAUGUAAACUCAUAACAUGACAGGGUGGAAUUGUAUCGCGGACAUGAACAUUAUUAUUAUAUCGUUUCUGUAAUAUACUUUAAAUUAAUCAUUAGAUUACUUUAAAGAAAUUUAAAUGUAGAUUAGUUCGCAAUAGAUAUUAGAAGUGUAUAUAUUAUAAUAAUGGAAUUGGAUAAUAUAAUGUCGCCAUUAGUAUGACAUGUAAUGUAUAGAUAAUGCCUAAUUUAGUAAUCAAAUGGCGUUAUGUUGAAUUAUGGGGAAUUACGAAUUUAAGUUAUAUUAAUUUGUUAUAUUAUAAUAAAUUCUAAUAUUUAUUUUCAGAUACAUAGGUAUUGGAGUAUAUGAAUAUCAAAAUGAUUAGUGUUGGUAUACUAUCAUAAUUCUAACUAGAUGCUAGUCAGUUUAUUACACUGCAUUGAAGUCAUUGUUUUUUUUAUGAAAUUAUUAAAAAUGUAAUGUAUGAGCAGUAUUAUAGGUUAAUUGUUUGUUUUUCAAUGAAAUCAUUCUAUUAAUUGUGAUAUAUCUUGUAAAGAAUUUGGUAGUCGCACCCGAUGCGGUAGUGUGUUUCUCUGUAAUGGUGAUAAACUUUGCUUGUGUACUUAGUAUUGAUUUGUCAUCACAAAUCAUUAUUUAUUCCUGUAUUUGAAUAAUAUAUUACAAGGUGUAUACACAUAGUUAAUAUUGGUAGUAAUAAUCCGGGUGUGGCCUAGAUAAAUGAAAUGUGUAGUCACCCUCACUACAUACAGAACAAUGCAAGCAUAUCAUAGCUUUGUGAAUUAUUUUGUACACAAAUUUGAAGGCCAAAGUUGUAGAAAAUGUUCAACAUUCCGGUAUGCCAAAUUAGCUUACUAUAGAAAAUAAUUGUAACGCAUUUAAGAAGAUUUUAUUUAUUUAUUUUAAUGAAUUUCCACAAAUUAAGCACAGUAAUUGUAUAAUGAGGUUUGUUCUAAGAUAGAAUGGCUUGAUAAUAGGCUCUACGUGCACCUGACUAGAUCUGCAUCGGACAUUGUGUUACAUACCUCCGUUAGUGAAUAUUUUUAUUGUGAACCUACAUUACGUGUAGUAAAUUGUUUAUUUAAUCAA